CGCCCCUCCGCUCUGGAGCUGGGUUCCUGUGAGGGAGGAGGCCUCUUUGGUGGCGAGGAAUAAGAAGAAAAGAUUCUGGAAGAGUUGGAGAAGAUAGUGCAUUCAGUCCCCAAACCAGCAGAUCGGCAAAGUAGGAAAUGCACAAUUUUGAGGAAGAGUUAACUUGUCCCAUAUGUUACAGUAUUUUUGAAGAUCCUCGUGUACUGCCAUGCUCCCAUACAUUUUGUAGAAAUUGUUUGGAAAAUGUUCUUCAGGCAUCUGGUAACUUUUAUAUAUGGAGACCUUUACGAAUUCCACUCAAGUGCCCUAAUUGCAGAAGUAUUAUUGAAAUUGCUCCAACUGGCAUUGAAUCUUUACCUGUUAAUUUUGCUUUAAGAGCUAUUAUUGAAAAGUACCAGCAAGAAGACCAUCCAGAUAUUGUCACCUGCCCUGAACAUUACAGGCAACCAUUAAAUGUUUACUGUCUACUAGACAAAAAAUUAGUUUGUGGUCAUUGCCUUACCAUAGGUGAACAUCAUGGUCAUCCUAUAGAUGACCUUCAAAGUGCCUAUUUGAAAGAAAAGAACACUCCUCAAAAACUGCUUGAACAGUUGACUGACACACACUGGACAGAUCUUACUCAUCUUAUUGAAAAGCUGGAAGAACAAAAAUCUCAUUCUGAGAAAAUGGUCCAAGGUGAAAAGGAAUUUGUUCUCCAGUAUUUUAAGGAGCUUAAUGAUACAUUAGAACAGAAAAAAAAAAAAUUCCUAACAGCUCUCUAUGAUGUUAGCAAUCUGAUUAAUCAAGAAUAUACUCCACAAAUUGAAAGAAUGAAAGAAAUAAGAGAGCAGCAGCUUGAAUUAAUGACACUGACAACAUCUUUACAAGAAGAGUCUCCACUUAAUUUUCUUGAAAAAGUUGAUGAUGUACGCCAGCGUGUACAGAUCUUGAAACAAAGACCCCUUCCUGAGGUUCUACCUGUUGAAAUUUAUCCUCGAGUAAGCAAAGUAUUGAAAGAAGAAUGGAACAGAACAGAAAUUGGACAAAUUAAUAAAAUUCUCAUUCCCAAAAUGAAAAUUUCUCCAAAAAGGAUGCCAUGUUCCUGGCCUGAUAAGGAUGAAAAGGGAAUUGAAUUUUUGAAAAAUUUAAAUGUUGUUAUAGUUACAUUAAUUUCAGUGAUACUGAUGUUGAUACUCUUUUUCAACCAACACAUCAUAACCUUUUUAAAUGAAAUUACUUUAGUAUGGUUUUCUGAAGCCUCGCUAUCCAUUGACCAAAGUUUAUCUAACAGUCUGCAUGAUGUAAAGAAUAUACUGUAUCACAUUUUCUAUUUAUUGAAGGAAUUCGUAUGGAAAAUAGUUUCUUAUUGAAAACGUCAAUCUGAAUGGUUUAAAUGGGCUGCUUCUGUGCAGCAGAGAUUAACCAUUGCUAAAUGAAAAAAAAUAGCAAACAGCUUUAUUAGCGCCGCAACUAAUAGAAAUUGUGUUUAUAUUUGUUGCUUCUUUUGGUUAGCAAUGAUAUGUCAAAGUUAGAAAUGAGAUACCUGAAAUAUUCAAAUCAAUCUAGUAACUACUUUGAAAGU